UUAGAGAAACUCUCCUUUGUAGCACCUGUCACGUCAUUUGGACAGUGAACUGUUGGGAUGGAUUUGCUGAUCUAUGCCUGCCUCCGCCAACUUAGCUUUCUGCCAUUCUAGCAACUGGAUGUCAUGUCCGAGUCGUCUUUCUUUGUUAGUCCAUUCUUCUCCUUGUGUUGCAUAGCUUGUUUCCCGUCUCUGAUUAGGUACCAACUUCCAGUGUCCCUAGUCUCCAGAUUCCGAUCCACAGCAGUACUAGCAUUUUGGAAAUGACGGCAGCUAUCGUUAGAAUCGUCAAACAGCGAGGCUAGCUGAUCGAUAAGCUCAUUGGUUCUAGUUCGUAGCCCGUUUCAACCCCAGUAGCCAGCUGAGCGCUGACUUGUUCCAACCCUAGUAGCCAGCCGAGCGCUGAGUAUAUCAGGUGUCUAACGAACCCUGUUGGGAUCCGCACUACGCUGACUACGCACCCUGAUAUCCGUGAUCCGUCCUUUCAACGGCUACGAUGCUUCAUAAAAGAACUGCCGUGAUGUGGCCGUCGUAGUCCUAUUCACAGUGCGUUCAUCGACGCGCUUAGCCUCCUUUGACCUAACAUUUUAACUGACAUCUAUCCUAGUCUCAAGGAUCCAGAUUUUGAAGCAUGCGCGUGCUUCAUGAACACUGUAGCUCAACCUUCCCCUUAUAAUUGCUCCAUCCGGCCAUGGAAUCGCCCCCUGCGACGCCGGAGGAGUCGCACAUAGUCGCACACCGAUCGUCGUCCUUCACCGCGCUGAGAUCGCUGAACAAGACGUCCAACAAGUCGCUGCGUCACUCCGCGUCUAACGCGUCGCCCGCAUUACCUGCCAAGUCGCCGUCUAUGAAUAACGACAAACGAAGCCAGCCAGGGAAGAGGAAGGCAAUGAUGGUGCUGUUCCUGGCGGCCGUCUCUAUCUCCACCAUCUUCGUCGUUAAGGACCUUAGAUUCUAUAGCCAGCCGCAACAACCGCAAGCGGAAGCCACCAAGAGGGUCGGUUUGCUGGAGGACGCGGACUCUCCAUCGACCGUGGAUUCGCCAUCGUCUGCACAAACGGACGGCGGAGAUUCACCGACAGUGGCAGGGACGACGAAUCCAGGGUCCGGGCUUGAAGAAGAGUUGCCAGUGUCGACUUCCCUUGAUCGCUCAGCGGCUCUGAGGGAGGAGAGGGAGGAGAGUCAGAUCGAGCAAUCGCCGUCGUUCCAGAACAUUCUUAGCCAAUCCCCACCCGCGAUCGACGGGGACGGAGAGCAGGCGCAGGAUGCGGGUGCGGAACAACUGGGGGGGCAGGAUGCGCUAGGGGGCCAGGAUGCGCUAGGGGGCCAGGAUGCAGGGAGCCAAGAUGCAGUGAAGGAGGAGGGGGUGGAUAUCGAAACUGAGGCGAGAGUGUAUCAACUGCGGGAGAAGAAGCGGAAGAAGAAGAAGCAGAAGGAGAAGAAGGAGAAGCGGGUGAAGAGGGAGAAGAGACCGAAGAAGAGUAGGCGGGGGCUGGAAGUGCGCGCGCCUGCUCCUCCCCCUCCCCCUGCUCCGCCACCUCAGAUCAACCCGCUAGACCCUGUGCUGCCCCCGUCGCAUCCUUGCGCCAAUUUCACCCUCCCACCGCCGCCCACCGACAAGAAGCGCACUGGACCCAGACCCUGCCCCGUGUGCUACCUCCCUCUCCCGGACGCCAUCGCCACGCGUCCCCCUCGCGGGCACACAGAGGAGCCGAUUCUCAAGCACCUGGCGUACGUGACCGAGGAGGAUGCGAGCGAGCGGGCGGCCAGGCGGGCGGGCAACCGGCCGCGGUUCAACGGGCACCAGUCACUGCAGCAGAGAGAGGACUCGUUCAAAAUUCAAGAGAGCAUGCGAGUGCACUGCGGCUUUGUGUGGGGCGGCAAGGUCAGCAACGGCACGGGCUUUGACGUGUCGGACGAUGACCGACGGUUCAUGGAGCGGUGCUACGACAUCGUGGUGGUCUCAGCAAUAUUUGGUGCAUACGACGUGGUGCAGCAGCCCAGCAACGUGAGCGAGGAGGCGAGGCAGCAGCUGUGCUUCGUUAUGUUUGUAGACGAGACUACCUAUAACGAGUUCAUUCGGGACGGCACGCUCAAGCAGCCACGCACCAGGCGGGUGGGGCUGUGGCGCCUGGUGGUCAUCUACAACCCCCCUUACAGGGAUCCCAGGCGCACUGGCAAGAUCCCCAAGCUGCUCAUCCACCGCCUCUUCCCCAACGUCCAGUUCUCCAUGUGGGUCGACGCCAAGCUGCAGCUGGUGCAAGACCCCUACAUGAUAUUGGAGAGGUUCCUGUGGCGCGGUAACUUCUCGUGGGCCAUCUCGAAGCACUACAAGCGGUUCGACGUGUUUGUGGAGGCCGAGGCCAACAAGGCGGCGGGGAAGUACCGCAAUGCGAGCAUCGACGAGCAGAUGGAGACGUACAGGAGCGACGGGAUGACGCCCUUCUCAGAGGAUAAAAUGCCCAUCAUCAGUGACGUGCCAGAGGGGUGUGUGAUCAUAAGGGAGCACACGCCGCUGAGCAACCUCAUGGCGUGCCUGUGGUUCAACGAGGUCGACCGCUUCACGUCCCGCGACCAGCUCAGCUUCGGGUACACGCGAGACAAGAUCUGCCGCAGCGUGCCGGGCUGGCACCUCAACAUGUUCCUCGACUGCGAGCGCCGCAACUUCGUUGUGCAGGGCUACCACAAGGACGUCCUUUUCCAGAAACUCAACGGCUCUUCUGCCACUCACCUUCCUGCCCUUGCUGCUACGGCUGCACCUGCUUUAACUGCUGCUGAUGCCGCCACUGCUGACGGCAAUAGUGCUGCUUUCGAUGCUGCUUUCGAUGCUGCACCCGAUGGUGCUGCUGAUUCUGCUGCUGAUGCUGCUGCUGACUCUGCUGCUGCUGCUGCUGCUGCUGGCGCUGUUGCUGGGGCCAAUGAUGAUGCGUUUUUGCUAGAGCAGCAGAGGGAGGAAGGUUCCAUGAAGCACCGGCAGCAGGGAAGGCAAGGCAGGAAGGAGGGCAAGGAGGAGGAAGAGGAAGAGGUGGAGGCGGAGGGGGAGGGGGAGGCGGAGGGGGACGAGCAGGAGCACGAUAGGGAGCGGAUUGAGCGAAGGCUUUUGGAGCUCCAAGAUACGGACGGGGAGGGGGAGGGGGAGGGGGAGGGGGGGAGGGGGAGGAUGAUUCUGGAAGGAGCGAAAUGUUAUGGCUAGAAAGAGGCAAGGAUGUGGAUUUGGUGAAGGGAUGGUCGGAGGGCAAGGGGAAUGGGAUCACACGGAAGCUCUGGGUGUAGAGUAGAGACGAGAGGAACGUAAUUGGCUUGUGCUUACGGGAGCACCAUUGGGCAACCAAGGUUGACAGGAAUAUGUGGGACCUCCUGGGCGGUACGGUAGCUGGAUUGUUAGAGUGGAGUGUGGACCCUUUCUUACUUGCACACCAAGCCAACAUGGAAUGGAGAAGCAGAUGCGGGGGGGUGAGGACAAUUAAAACCACAGGCUAAGAUAGCAGAGGGGGGCUUCAAGGGAGCCUCUCUAGACAGGAGGAGGACUCUUGAAAAAAAUGGGGCCCUAGUAUACUAAACAGUCUGGGCAGUUCUGGGGCAGCUGUAGCAAAGAAGCAAGGAAGCGAUCUUCAGCUAAGGGGCUAUCAUCGCAGAUGCAAUUGCACACUGCACAUGCUCCCCUUUUCCAUUAGCUGGCUGACGCUUAGCAGAUUGUAGCCAAAGUUGUCGACGAUUAGAACCUUGUUGAGUUGCAGUAUGACAUUUGUCUCCAUGGACUGCAACUGAACCACUCCUUGUCUGUUUGUUUUCAGGUUCUCGUUGUUGGCGACAGUGAUGCUGACAUCGCGGUUGAGGCGUCGCUCUCGUUGCACAAAGCGUCCGGAAGAACACAUGUGUUGGCCGCAACAGCUGUCCAAGAACCAGGUGUUUCACUCGGUGGGUUUGGCGUUGGCGACUGCAGCGUAAGUCGGGUCCUUGUCUGCUGCUGCUGGUCGAAGUGCGACAUGAAGCUAAAGAACCUUUCCAUAAGGUUCGGGUCCACGCUUGAAGAGGGUGAUGAGGUCACCAUUUCUGGUGCUCUUCCUGUGGUUUCUUGAGCAACGCCGGUCUCGGUUUGCAAUCCUGAAGUGUGUAGUCCAGAGUUGCCGGGUUGAGUGUCUUGGGCGCUGGGUGAGCCCGUAGAGAUCUUCUUGCCCUUGUUGUCCAUGACUUAUAAUCGAUGAAGCU